UCCUUGGUUCGACGACUCAAUCAAAGAGGUCGAGGAUAGAUUAAUCUUCUUCCAUCUUUGUAGUUGACAAACCCUAAUGCGAAUGAACUGUCCGUCAGUGAGAGCUGUCAGAUUCUUCAACAUAAAAUCACCCAAUACCUAGUCAAAGUGCAUUGCUUUUAUCAACAAUGGCCUAUCUAUUUCAACCGGAUUAUGUGAAAUACACCUGCAGCUGUGGCUCUCUCAAGCCUAUCUCGAGGAUUUACUUCUGUCGACAUUGUCUGAAAAUACGGUGCGGAUACUGUGUCUCUCAUGAGGUGGAGUCUCAUUACUGUCCAAAUUGCAUGGAGAUUCUACCGGCCUCUGAAGUUCGACUGAAGAAAAAUAAAUGCUCAAAUUGUUUCGACUGUCCCUGCUGUUUCCAAACUCUGACAAUCCGUGCAGGUCAUGCCCCUCUUCGUCCCACGUCCUCUAAUCCUACAGAGGAAUUGAAAUCGACUCCCCGGAAGGUGUACUACCUAUGCUGUUCCUUGUGUCGUUGGAGUUCUCGAGAUGCGGGUAUUCCAGAUCAGUUUGUGGCAACUGGAGGUUGGCCGGAGCAGGAGAAUCCUCAUGCUACAAGAAUAACAGCUCUCAUCGACUUCCACAAGAUUCUGGCCUCCAGGGAGCGUCAGCAGCAUGAGAAGAAGAAGUUGGAUCCGAAAAGGGUUUGUCUGCAAUUUGAAAAAUUCGGGCUCACUUCGGCCAGGGCUCGGAAACUAGUAGGUUUACCAGCAGUUUCGGAGCCAAAAUGGCAGCAAGCGGACUAUCCCCAGCCCUCAAUAGCCUCCGACGAGAUUGACGAACUCCCGGACUCAAUUUUUACCGAGGAAAUCGAUAUAACGAAGAUCACGACACUGGAGCAGCGAUUGCAACAGCCUGAAGUCCAGACAGAGAAAAUCAAUGAGCUAAGGCCCCAGCAUAAAAAAUUUCCGGUAAAGAGGUCCCAGAGGUGCAGAACAUGCGAGCAUAAUGUCAGCAAGCCCGAGUUCUCUCCACAGUCCAUCAAAUUCAAAAUUCAACUCUCUGCAUUUUAUCAUGUGCCUGAGGUCAGAAUUGUCACAUUUGAGCCAUUGGAAGUGGGAAAAACGAGCCAGUUGCUACUAAAAUUCUGCAAUCCUACCCAGCAUCAGACGCAGAUUGUUUUAUUGGAUUGGGAUGCUGCUACUUAUGCUACUACGGCCGGAGCCAAUGGACAACAGGAGGAGUUAAGAAGGGAGAAUUUGCAAUUGGGUGGAGAAUCACCGAAUUUGCUGCCUUCGGCAGUGAGACAAGUUUCAGUUAUAGAGGACCCGAAACCCGUACAUAUUAUUCCCGGGGCUUCAAUUGAACUGCCUUCAAGUACUUUGAUACUCCCUCCAAGAGAUGAUACUGCAGAGUACGAUGAUACUGGAGAUACCCACAGUUUUCAGGAUGAUCCAAAACUUGUAGUUUGGAGAAAAGGAAAUAAAGCAGUUUUAAAACUAAAAGUGAUGCCUUAUGCACCCCUCGAGGGUCACGAGGACGAGCCUGUGGUGAUUGGUAUGGUGAUGCAGUACGAAUACGUGAAUACAAUAGUAUCACUGGAAAACAAAACUCCCCAAAAAGUAGAUCUGAAGGUUCAGCUAUUCUUGACCCUUGACAAAAUCUCUGGCUCCACAUAAUUGUUCAAUGAUCAACGAUAAACAAAAGGCUUUGGAUUUUCUAACUACGAAUCUAAGAGUUGUUCGCAGAGUUGUCAAACAAUUUGUACGUCUAUCGAAAUGGUCGUUCGUUAAAAAGAAUGAAAAAUUGUUUUUUUUGCAUUCUGAACAUGCAGAACAUAGAAACAAAAGGAUUCGAUUUAUUUAUUGCAAAAGUAAAUUUUGCUUUUCAAACGGACUAAUUCUGUAUACUAAAAGAUCCGUAAGUUACAGUACUAUCGUAAAAGAGCCAAUUACGGAACUGUUGUCUACGUGAAUUUUGAGAAUUGUUCCUUGUGAAAUUGUACCAAGAAAUAGUUGAACUAAAAUCAUAAUUCACUUCGCUUAUGCACUUGUAAAAUUAACAUUUUUUUAUAAUCACGAGAAAAACGUUGAGAGGAAAAAUAAAAAUAUAAUUUAUCGAUUAAAAA